CUGCUCUGCUCUCUCAAAAUCCCUCUGCAAUUCUCUCCCAGCUUUCAACCACUUUCGCAAGAAAAUCUCUACAAAAACAAACAAAAUGCGUGAGAUUCUUCACAUCCAAGGGGGCCAGUGCGGGAACCAGAUUGGGGCAAAGUUCUGGGAGGUGGUGUGCACGGAGCACGGGAUUGAUCCCACGGGUCGGUACAAUGGCGACACGGAUCUCCAGCUGGAGCGGGUCAACGUGUACUACAACGAAGCGAGCUGUGGGAGGUUCGUGCCCCGGGCCGUUCUCAUGGAUCUGGAGCCGGGCACCAUGGACAGUCUCAGAUCCGGUCCGUACGGUCAGAUUUUCCGCCCGGAUAACUUCGUGUUCGGGCAAUCGGGUGCGGGUAAUAAUUGGGCCAAGGGGCAUUACACCGAGGGAGCUGAGCUUAUCGACUCCGUUCUCGACGUCGUGAGGAAGGAGGCUGAGAACUGUGACUGUUUGCAAGGCUUUCAGGUAUGCCAUUCGCUUGGGGGUGGAACCGGGUCCGGAAUGGGGACCCUAUUGAUAUCAAAGAUAAGGGAGGAGUACCCGGACCGAAUGAUGCUCACCUUCUCCGUGUUCCCGUCUCCCAAAGUCUCUGACACCGUGGUGGAGCCCUACAACGCCACCCUCUCUGUCCACCAGCUCGUCGAGAACGCCGACGAGUGCAUGGUCCUCGACAACGAGGCUCUCUACGAUAUCUGCUUCCGCACUCUCAAGCUCACCACCCCCAGCUUUGGAGAUUUGAACCAUCUCAUUUCCGCUACCAUGAGUGGUGUCACAUGCUGCCUGCGUUUCCCUGGUCAGCUAAACUCAGACCUUCGCAAGUUGGCCGUGAACCUAAUUCCGUUCCCACGGCUUCACUUCUUCAUGGUUGGCUUUGCACCUCUCACAUCUCGUGGUUCCCAGCAAUACCGGGCUCUCACUGUUCCCGAACUCACCCAGCAAAUGUGGGAUGCUAAGAAUAUGAUGUGUGCUGCUGACCCUCGACAUGGCCGGUACCUAACAGCAUCGGCCAUGUUCCGUGGCAAGAUGAGCACAAAGGAAGUUGAUGAGCAGAUGAUAAAUGUGCAAAACAAGAACUCUUCCUACUUUGUAGAAUGGAUUCCCAAUAAUGUGAAGUCCACUGUCUGCGACAUACCUCCCACUGGCCUGAAGAUGGCUUCCACAUUUAUUGGUAACUCCACAUCUAUCCAGGAGAUGUUUAGGAGGGUCAGCGAACAGUUCACAGCUAUGUUCCGCAGAAAGGCCUUCUUGCAUUGGUACACCGGGGAGGGUAUGGACGAGAUGGAGUUCACAGAGGCCGAGAGCAACAUGAAUGACCUGGUUUCUGAGUAUCAGCAGUACCAAGAUGCAACUGCAGAUGAGGAAGAUGACUACGAGGAGGAGGGAGGAUACGAGGAAGAGGCUUAAAUGAACUCCUGUUGGUUUCUUUUGUAGGAUAGCAGAUGACGAAUUUACUCUGGUUUAUUGUUUUGUUUGUCAUGCUGUACUGGAGUGUCUAAAGUUUUGGGGUUUAGUAAUGCAAUGCCGCAUUGCCUGUAUCUGGUUGUGUGUCCUUUUCGUUUUUGGUGUUUUCUGCACAAACUUACAGAGCUUUGUUUGGAUUAUUGCUUUCAUUAGUUAUUUGCAUUUAAGAA